GCAGCUAGUUCGGCCGCUCUCCGGAUAGCGGGCUUUCAUCCGCUGUAGGCUACAAUGGCGGCAGCCGUCGAGCUGCAGGGGAAGUACCAGAAACUGGCGCAGGAAUAUUCUAAGCUUCGAGCUCAGAAUCAGGUGCUUAAAAAAGGUGUUGUGGAUGAACAAGCAAACUCAGCAUCUCUGAAGGAACAGUUGAAAAUGAAGGACCAGUCACUCAGAAAACUUCAACAGGAAAUGGACAGUUUGGCCUUUCGAAAUCAGCAGCUGGCCAAGAGGGUAGAGCUGCUUCAGGAUGAACUGACGUUAAGUGAAUCAAAAGGCAAGAAAAAUAAGAAAAGCGGCGAAGCUUUAUCUCAGCUGAGUCAAGAACAAAAGAAUGUCUUUGAUGAGGACCUUCAAAAGAAGAUAGAAGAGAAUGAGCGACUGCAUAUUCAGUUCUUUGAGGCCGAUGAGAAACACAAGCGUUUGGAAUCAGAGCUGCGGAACAGACUGGAGGUCUUGGAGAUGGAGGCUGCGCAGCACCAGGCGGUGGUGGACGGGCUAACGCGGAAGUACAUGGAUACAAUAGAAAAACUGCAGAAUGACAAGGCCAAAUUAGAAAUUAAAUCUCAGACUCUAGAGAGGGAAGCCAAGGAUUGCAGGGUUCGAACAGAAGAAUGCCAGCAGCAACUAAAGAAUCUUCAUUCUGACUUGGGUAGCAGGUUGGAUGAGUCUUUACGCAUUAUCCGUGAAAAAGUACCUUUCAAUGAUACAAGAUCUAGCCAGUACACUGCUCUGAAUGUGCCAUUGCACAACAGGCGACGCCAGUUGAAGCUCCGUGACCUUGUCGGCCAGGCACUGGCCUUUGUUCAAGAUCUGGUAACGGCUCUUCUGAAUUUCCACACCUACACAGAGCAACGAGUCCAGAUUUUUCCAGUUGAUUCUGCCACAGACACUAUAUCUCCAUUAAACCAGAAGUUCUCACAGUACCUCCAUGAAAACGCGUCUUACGUUCGCCCCCUGGAGGAAGGAAUGCUGCUCUUAUUUGAGAGUGUCACGGAGGACACUGUCACAGUGCUGGAAACAACUGUGAAAUUGAAAUCAUUUUCUGACUACCUAACGUCUUAUGUCCACUUUCUCAGGAAGAUUCUUCCGUACCAGUUGAAAAGUUUGGAAGAAGAGUGUGAAUCUUCUCUUUGCACAGCUGCGUUAAGAGCCAGGAACAUGGAGCUCCAAAACGACAUGAAGAAGCUGACGACUGUCUUUGAGAAGCUGCACACGUAUAUUAGUCUUCUUGCCUUACCAAGCACAAAGCCAGACAGGCUGCUUCGGACAAACUUCAGCUCAGUGUUCACGCAUGUUGCAUCAGCUCUUCAAGGAUUUCAUGAUACCAUGAAAGAUAUUUCCAAGCAUUAUAGUCAAAAAGCUGCCUUGGAGUGUGAGCUCCCAACAGCCACGCAGAAGCUAAUAACCACAAAUGACUGCAUCUUAUCGUCUGUGGUGGCGUUAACAAAUGGAGCAGGCAAGGUUGCUUCAUUCUUUAGCAACAAUUUAGACUGCUUCGCUGCCUCAUUGAGCUAUGGGCCUGAGGGAGGAAUGGAGUUUAUCAACCCCCUCUCAGCCGAAUGCAUGCUUCAGUACAAGAAGAAAGCCGCUGCAUACAUGAAAUUACUGAAGAAGCCGUGCUGUGAUUCAGUGCCUUACGAAGAGGCCUUGGCCAACCGCAGAAUUCUUCUGAGUUCCACUGAGAGCAGAGAAGGCCUCGCGCAGCAGGUACAGCAGAGUUUGGAGAAGAUUGCAAAACUGGAGCAGGAAAAAGAACACUGGAUGCUGGAAGCCCAGCUGGCCAAAAUCAGGCUGGAGAAAGAGAAUAAAAAGGUGGCCGAUAAGCUCAAGAACUCUGGCAGUGGCCAAUUGAUCGAGGCAAGCCUGGAAAGUUCUCUCCUACUGAGCGCAGCUGAACAGGAGAAGGAGGUUGCCACAGAGAAGGAUCUGAGGGAGCCCGUUAAAUGCACGAGUUUGGUUGGAAUGCUAACAAUGACUGCUUGCAAUGAAGAGAUUCCAGAAGCUGAUACCCGGGAAGACUUGAUAAAGAACCACUAUAUGGCAAGGAUAGUGUGCCGAGCACUUGCAAAGCGACUUUCUCUAGCUGAGAAAUCUAAAGAAUCGUCAUCAGAAGACAUGAGGCAAGCUAGACAGAGUAUCACCAGAUUACAGGAUGAGUUGACGACAACCAAGAGAAGCUACGAAGAUCAGUUAAGUAUGAUGAGUGACCACCUCUGCAGUAUGAAUGAAACCUUAUCCAAACAACGGGAAGAAAUAGAUACACUAAAGCUGGCAAGUAAGGGAAAUUCCAAGAAGAAUAAGGGUCGAUAGUAUCUACCAGCCAGCUGUCUUUCAGAUCUCGCUGCUGCAUGGCGACACAGAUGCUGGAAGUGUUCAGUUGGCACAUGCCUCCUGACUGCACAUGGCUGUAGUGGUGGACUUAGACACUUGUAAUUUGGUGUUGUGUAUGGAACUGAGACCACACCAGGUUUGGUAGUUGGCAUAAAGCAAAACAAACUUGUUAUGGUCUACAAAGCAGGUGGGUAACACACACUCCGUGGGUAACUUGCAUAGGAAUUAACCAUAACUUUUUACCACACUUUGUAACUGCUUUUUAAUUUCUGUGUACAAACUUCCAAAGUUUUGUAUAUUUGAGUGGAUGUUUGGAUAAACAGAUCUGGCAUCACUAUGGUAACUGUUUUCUCUGCCUAUGAGGUCACCAUUCCAGCCCAUCCAUUCCUUUCUGUAAGUGUAAAAAAAAGUCAGAGCUAUCAAUGUUUUUGGCCAUGUGAGCUGUGCAGUUAUUGUAAAGUGUACUACUAAUAGUCUUCUCUUCUAGGUUACCUUAGAAUAUUGCCUGAGAAAGGCAGUUCAUGCAAAAUUCACAUCAAUUAGAAUGAGUAAAUUAAAAAGUGUACAGUCGUAGUCCCUUGAAAUCAGGUGCAGAAAGUUGGCCAAAGAAGGCAUUUGUAUAAAACUGUGGUGAAGAGAGGUAAUUUAUCCGUUUUUUUGUUGUUAUUGCAAGUCCUCAGUACCUGCUGACAGAAGUGGAUGGCAAGAUGUGAAGAGGAAACUAAAAUGAUGAAAAUUAUUUUUUAGGAAGAUCUUUUACAUGACAGGAGUUGGGAUGGUACUUAUGAUGGAUCCUCUAUUUCAAAUGAAGGCUGCUAUAGUGAAUCUGACUAACAAAGUACCAAACUGGACAAAGCUGUGCACUUAAAGGCCAGUUCAGCCAUUGAUGGGCCAGAAAAUAACUUAUACAUUGUGGGGUUGGGCUUCAGCAAUAUGCCUGAUCUCCACAAUGCUAUUUUCCUUCUCUUUGACAGUAAAGAUUGUGCAUAGAGACAUAUGCACACUUUGAACAUCCAGAGAGGCAUAAUUGCCACACAGAUUGCAUAUAUGUAUAUUCCCGAAACUGUAAAACAUUUCCUGCUGCCUGUUUCUUGUGUUGGGCUGUUGGAUGUCUGAAUUGGCCCCAUGGCCUUUUGGAAUUAUCCCGUGGACAUCUUGGGGUUCAAAAAUUAUUCCCAUUCAUAUUUUCUGUGGGAAUCUUGGCUGCACUAACCUAAGGCCUUUUCAACACAUUUCUGGGAAGGUUCUCUACCACUCAUUCAUAAGAUGUUCCUUCACUGACUAUUUCAUAUUGAAUUACUUCUGUUGCUCCCAUAACAGAUAGUCCUGUGUUCAAGGGUUUACUCCAUUGUAUCAACCAUGUCAAUGUGUAUUAUGAAUACAGAAUAAAUAUAC